UUGUUAAUAUAUAUACAGAUUCUAUUGAGUUUGGAUUAGGUUCUACUAAGGAAUUGCUUGUAAAAUGUCUGGUAAAUGGGACAACGGCUUGUUUGGAUGCUGUAAUGAUUGUGGCACUUGUCUGAUAACUCUGUUCUGCCCGUGUUAUACGGCUGGGAAGAACGCCGAGGCGGUUGGAGAUAGCUGUCUUUUGUGUGGACUUGCCUUCUUCGUUCCUUUGUUGGAUCUCGUCACGAUGGCAAGCGUCCGUGGCAAGAUUCGUGAACAACAUGGAAUUGGAGGAUCAUUUGUUACUGAUUGCCUGUCCAUCAUGUGCUGUAUGCCUUGUGCUCUCGUCCAAGAAGCUCAACAGGUUAAAGGUUCUCCUGGAUCUCAUUCAAUCGCUCGUUGUUAGGAUCAUGGAUUCGACUUCUUGUUCUUUUACUAACCGCGAUAAAAGGCUAUCACACUGCUUAACUCUUAAACCCAAAUAAAACGACCCGACUCUCAAGCCACUAGACUAGGAGUGACUUUGUAGACUGAAAUAUGAAGAAAAUAUUUUUCUCUUCACUAGCCAAACUAUUGGACAGCAAUGAUAUUAUAGCUAUUUUAGCGUGAGAAGACAAGUCUUGAUGUGGCAGCAGAUCUCGUGACAUAUCUUCCAACCAUAAUAGAGUUAAUAAUUUACAUAAAACAAGAAGUCUUAUUAUUAUUAUGACAUUUUAUUAUUUUCAUCUAUAAUCAGAUAGCCGUAUUAUAGAACUUAAAUCGAAAUUUUUAUGUAACCUUUUAACCUUGUUUUUUUAAUGUAACCUUGUUAUGAUGAAACUGAUCUAAAAUUUUAUGAUCAUAUCUGUAAGGCGAUCUGCAUUGCAUUUAAUAUUUUACUACACAUGAUUAUAACAAUAAGCUGAACGAUUUUAAUUCAUAAUAACUA